AUGUGUGGAAUGUUCUCCGUUAUCCCAGGGAGAGGCAAACAGCGCAGGCAGGCGGGUCGAUAACACUUCGUUGUGAGGUUGAACACCCAAAUACCGAGUUGUUCAAAGACACAUACUGGACGCACAACUCUAAAGAGAUAAACAAGAACGACGAACGAUACGAGGCAACACUGCUGCCCUCUCCGAGCCUGAAAAUACACAACCUGAACGACGAUGAUGCUGGGAGUUAUGAAUUCAGAGUCAAAGGAUCAGCUUAUGCAUCUCAUUCAAAUUCAAGAAGAUGUGUUUGUUUAGAAGUUCAUCCAAAAGUCAUUCCCUUAGAGAACAAAUAUGUUGCACACCUGCACAAAAAAAUCACAUUGGAUUGUGAAACGUACGGAGCAGACAGCUGCACGUGGAAACAUAAUGCCGAUGUAAUAUCUACUGGUAACCGAUAUAAAAUCAACGAUGACAUGUCACUCACGAUAUCACCAGUUAGGCAGUCUGAUGAAGGACGAUAUGUGUGCGAGUUAACAAACAGGGCGGGGAUAAGUGCGACUAGCGACGAAAUAGAACUUUGUACGAUGCCUUCGGACUACUCAAAGCUGCCUUCAGAAUACUCCCAAUUGUCAGAAACGCAG